AUGUCUUUAAAAUUGUAUGCCAACUUGGUUUCCCAACCAAGUCGAGCGGUUGAAUGGGUUUUACGAGUCAAGCAAGUGGAUCAUGAAAUGCUUACGACAGAGUUUGGCAGUGCUACUUUUAAAUCUCCAGAGUUUUUGGCAUUAAACCCCAAUGGUUUGAUUCCUGUGUUACAAGAUGGAGAGUUUUCACUCUAUGAGGGCAAUGCUAUUCUGGUCUAUUUAGCUGAGAAAUACGGCUGGUCGGAUUUGUAUCCAAAGGACGUGAAGGCUCAUGCAAAGGUGAAUCAGUAUUUGCACUGGCACCAUACGAAUGCCCGUUUGAUUACGCUCAAGGUGUUAAUACCAUUAAAACACACGAAAGAGAAUAUUGGAACACCAGAAGAAGCGGUUUGGAUCAAGGAGUCGCCUUCUUUUUUGAAGAACUUGACGGAAUUGCUUGAGAAACUACUGGUCAAGGACUAUGUAGCUGAGUCGGAUCAUCCAACGAUUGCAGACUUUGUUGCGUAUUGUGAGUUUGUGCAGCUUGAAAUGAUGGGAAUCUUUGACUUUACCAAGUAUCCCAAGGUAUCGGCUUGGCUACAACAUAUGAAGAAGGUACCACAUCAUGAUGAAGUUCAUGCUGCGGUGGACUCGUUCCUAUCCAGCACGGGACUAAAGACUAAGGCAGUCUCGUAA